GCCUAAUGAACAAUCCCGCGUGUGUAUUAACACAAAACCUCACUAAUUAUUGAGAUAAGAGUGUUUUCAUCUAUGGCGCCAAAAGCUCGCCUUCUUCCACUUCUACCCCUCAUCACCACCUUCCUCUUCGUAGCAACGAAUGUCAAUUCGGUCAAUUCUCCGCCACCGCCGUCGUGCGCCCCCUUCGACUGCGGCAACGGCCUCACCCUCAGCUACCCAUUCCACCCCCAAAUCCACCACCCGCACUCCUGCGGCUACCCAAAUCUCGCCAUCUCAUGCGCCAACAGCCAACCAAUCCUCCACAUCUCCAACAAUCCCUACGCCGUACAAAGCCUCAACACCACCGAUAACUCAAUCACCGUCACCUACGGCGGCGAAAUCGAAUCAUGCCCGAUCGCCGCCCGAUCCGUUGCGCUGGACCACUCCGAUUACUCUCCCCUCAGCUACAACAACACCGGCAACAAAUUGGUCCGUUUUUACUACAAUUGCACCGCGUAUCCGCCGUCGGCCGCCGGAAUUAAGUGCCUGCAGCGAGGCGCGAAGCAUUCGUACGCGUUUCUGGAAGGAUCGGAGCCUGAAUCGGAGUGGAUGAGCCACUGUGAGUCCAGUGUGGUUGCGCCGGUGAUCGAGAGCGCGGUGGAUGAUCUCCGGAAUGGAUCGGGGAAUGCGGUGGAAUUAGGGUUUAAAUUGGCGUGGGAAUUGGUUGAUGGAUCGUGCAAAGCGUGCGAAGAGAGUGGGGGAUUUUGUGGGUAUAGUUCUAACGGUGGUGGUGAUCGGAAUUUUGUUUGCUUUUGCAGUAAUGGACGAAAUAGCUCGCUCACGUGCCACGUGUCUGGUGAAGUGUCGAAGUCAAAGACAUCCAAACCUAAUUAUGUGGCAAUUGGUUCAGUUAUUUUUGGAGGUGUGAUGUUGACACUCACUGUUGUAUUUUUCAUUAAGAUGAAAAAUGGUGUGCCAAAAUAUGGAUUUAAUCGUCUUCCAACAACUUCUGGAAAAUAGGGCUAUUAUGUGUAUAUUCACAUUUUAAAAAGGGUGAAAAAAUUGUACGUUCGUUCACAUCUCGUUUAUCUAUAGAAAUUUGUUGAUUAA